CCCACUUUCUCUAUGAUGCCGCGCAGGCGAGCGGCGCUGAUGCGCCCGCUGGCCGCCCUGGCUGCGCCGGGCACCUUCCUCUUCUGCAAGCUCUCCCAGCUGCAGGAGACUGCCAAACGACGCGUCACAGAGCGUGAGCUCAAACAGCUCAACCAUAAAAUCGAUAAACUGCUAUUAAAACUGGAUGAAUCGGAAACGGAGCCGGCCAAGUCAAGGGAUGAAGAGUGUGUUGUGUGCAUCAGCUCCAAGGCGACUAUGCAGACCUUCCCCUGCGGACACUGCGUCGUCUGCCGCAAGUGCUUCAUCAAGACCAUCCAGAUGACGGUGGCACAGCGGGCGCUGCCGCUCAGGUGUGUGCUGUGUCGUGAGCGCGUGAUUCGGCUGAAACAAACCUUCAAUUGCUCAUACGCCAUGCGUCUGCCGCUCUCCGUCUCCCAGUACUCCAUGACGUCAUCCGUGACGUCAUCGCCCGACUGGGACCUGCCGUCGUCGUCCUCGCUCUACUCGGUCUCAUCAGGCUGUUCAGUUGUGUCAGCCGACAGCCAGGCGAGCCGCCUCAGUAAGUCUUCCCUCCGCUCCGGAGCCAGCAGCGUCUCGUCCAAGAAACGUGUCACAUUCGCCGUCUCGCCACUGCUGCAUAUUCCGGCGCAGACGGCACAAUCAACGCCG